AUGAGAAAAGGGAAAGAACAUGAUGGUGGUUUCCGGCGGGAAAAAGGCAUUGAUCAACCGGUGGUGGAGGAGAGUGGGAGGUGGGAGGAAUUGAACCCUGAGAUACUUGCAUUGAUCUUUGUAAGGGUAUUACCCGUAGACGAGAUGGUGAGGAACGUGCCAUUGGUCUGUAAGCCGUGGAUGGAGGCAGUAGAAGGGCCAUGCUGCUGGCGGGAUAUCGAUAUGGCGGAAUGGUGUCAACGGCACAAUGAGAGUCGUGCAGUUGACCUAGCGGUUAGGAAGCUUGUACAUUGGAGCAAUUGUACAUUUCAACGACUCUCUGUCUAUCGAUUGGUAAACACUGGCUUUGACUUUGUUGCCAAACAGUGUUUGACUGUGUUGCAAAUACCAAUGAGCGAGAUUACUGAUGAUAUGGUGGUAAAUCAUGUCAAAUCACUGCCAAAUCUACGAGUGUUGGAUAUAAGCGAUUGUUACAAUAUCACAGUCAAAGGUCUAGAAGCUUUUGGAAACCAAUGUAAGUCUUUGGUUUCCCUGAAAAGGAACAUGUCUCCACAACGAAAUUGGCCCAAUUUAGCGGAGCCAAAUCCUCCGGUUGAUGAUUCUGAGGCAAUUGUGAUAGCAAAUUCCAUGUUGAAUUUACAGCAUCUUGAACUUUGUUAUGGCUGUUUUGGUGAAGGUGGUCUCUCUGAAAUCCUUACAAAAUGUAAGUCACUCACAUGUUUAGAUAUUCAAGGAAGUUGGAAUGUGAAGUUGGAAGGUGAUAUUGAGGAGAGGUUACAAAGGAUUGAAUAUUUCAAGAGCCCUUGCGCCUAUAUAGACUAUAUUGAUGAGUUCUAUGAUAGUGGUGAAGAUUCACUUUAG